AUGAUCGCCAAAUCCUUCCCCGUCAGAAUCUUCGCGCCGGCGCCCAUGUUGGGCUAUGGCUACGAUAUCGUCGACUUCUGGACCACCAUCAUGGAUGAGCACACGCGUCCAGACGCCAUCAUUAUGGACAGUGGCUCCACCGACCCUGGCCCGUACAUGCUUGGGAGUGGCCGGACCAUUGUCAGCAAGCAAGCAUUUGCACACGAUCUCACCCCAGUCCUCGAAGCUUGUGCUGAGUUUGGCAUCAAACUACUCAUCAGCUCUGCUGGUGGUGCGGGUACCAAUGGGCAGGUCGACUUCAUGGUCGGCGUUGUGCGCGAGAUCAGUGAGAAGAAAGGAUACAGAUUCAAGGUCUCGACGAUCAAGUUCAAGGACGAUCGGCAAGCGAUUUUGAAAAAGCUCCAGGCGGGCGUCAUCACGCCCUGCGGACCCGGCCCAGCGCUGAAAGAGGGAGAUGUAUCGGACGCCGUCGCUGUUGUCGCACAGAUGGGCGCGGAGCCAUUCAUGAAAGCACUGGAGGAUCCAGAAGUGGACAUCAUCAUCUCCGGCCGAUCGUACGACCCAGCUCCGUUCGCAGCAUACAGCAUGCAUCGUGGCGUCCAUCGUGACCCGGCGUGGCAUAUGGGGAAGAUUGUCGAGUGCGGCGGACAGUGCGCGGUACCCAAAGGCCGAUCGAUCGUGGCCACCAUGUAUCAGGACAGCUUCGUGCUCACACCCGUCACUCCGGGCCAGAGGUGCAUCCCUCGCUCCGUCGCCGCACACACCAUGUACGAGAAGACUCGUCCAGAUCGGCUUCCUGGCCCGGGAGGCGUUCUCCACCUAGACAACGUGCAGUUCAAGCAGCUAGAAGACAACAAAUCGAUCCUCAUCCGUGGGGCUUCUUUUGUCCCAACCCCGACGUAUCAGAUCAAACUCGAGGGUGCCACACAGGUUGGGUUUCGGUCUGCCUUCAUCGGAGGCAUCCGGGACCCGAUUCUGAUCCGUGGCAUCGAUGACUUCCUCGAGCAGACGGUCCGGGCCAGGACAAAGGCGGCGUUUCCGUCCCUGGGCGAGCCGGGUGGUCCCCAGCUGAUAUAUCACAUCUACGGAAGGAAUGCUGUCAUGGGCGCCCUUGAGCCGGCCACCACGAUCCCCCAUGAAAUCGGUGUCCUGGGUGAAGUGAUCGCCGAGACCCAAGACGAGGCCGACGCCAUUGCAGGACUCGCCAGAGUCAUGGUCCUCCACGCCGAAUAUCCAGGACAGCUGGCAACUGCAGGCAACUUUGCUUCUCCACUGACACCGUUGGAGCAGUCCGUGGGGCCCGUGUACAAGUUCAGCGUUUACCAUCUGAUGGACGUUGAAGAUCCGCUCGACUUCUUCCCUAUCGAGACGUUUUCCAUCGGCAACCCAGACGCUGCGAAGACGAAGCCGGUCCCAUCUGCACGGCCAGUUCGUCGGGCUGAAGACACAGUCGUCACAUAUCCAGAAGCUCCGAGACACAACGUCGUGAGUUCGCGACCCCGGAUCUCGGAUCUCGCAGCUGUCGUCCGGUCGAAGAACUCUGGCCCGUACGAGAUCACGCUGGACAUUCUCUUCGACGACGCCGUGAUUUGGAAGCACGUUCGCGACAGCAACGUGCUCACGCCCGAGGUGAUGAAGAAGCUCUACCACUUGACCGACGACGACAUCUUGACCUGCAUGUUUUUUGAACCGGCUCUCGGGUGGAAGUGCACGUUCAAACGGCCUGUCAACCAGUUGCAGGGCAGUGUGGGCGAGAGAGACACUUUCGGGACACAGCAGCAUGCGCCGUUGUUGGACAUUGAGGUCCCGGCUAUCACAGCCACGUAG